ACGGGUGAGUGUCAACACGAGCAGCCAGACGGGGCCAGUGGUCGAGCAGCGGUGCAACGCGCAGAGGAAGGGACGCCUUCCUGUCAGCGCCGACGCAGUGGGGAGCGCCUGAAGAGCUGGCGAUGGCUGCACUACAACAGGCGCCGGAGCAGCAGCAGCAGCAGCCGCGGCUGCACGUGGAGGUGUGCGUGGAGCUGGCAGCGCGGGCCGCGGAGACGCGCUCGCCCGGGGGCUCCCGGAAGGCUGCGGCCACCGCGACGACCACCAUCGAGGUAGAAGAGUGUGGGGAGGCGCAGGAGGAAGCGGAGGCGGCGUCCGACCCGGCGGAGGCGGUGCAGAAUCCAGUGGCCCAGCCCAGAACCCUCAACUGGGUGAUAGCGGACGGGCGGCGCGCCCUGCUCGAGACGGAGCCGGCCAAGAGCAAUCUGGCCAGGACGCACACUCUGCAGGGAAUCGCGGAGCGCAUGCGCGAGCGCGUCACCGCAGAGGCACACCAGCUGCUCAGGCUGCAGGGGGAGGUGGAGUCUGCGACGGGGGCGAGCGCACUGGACGCGGUGCGGCUGUGGCUGCUGGAGCGCGGCCUGGAGCGCCGCGUGCACCACCACCUGUCGCUGGUGUUCCGCGAGAUGCACCUGCUGCGCGAGGCGCACCACCAGUUCGACGCGCGGGCCGUCGCCCCCAGCGUCGGCAGCCCCGCGCUGCACCUGCUCCACGACCCUUCGGGCUUCUCCAGCCACAUCUCUGGGCCCGGCGCACACGCGCUGCCCGCCACCGGCAGCCGCCCCGCACUGGGGGCCAGCAGGCGACGCGGAAGGAGCGGCGGCCCGUCGUCCUGCUCUACUGCGGCGGCAGAAGACCACCACCAUCGCGUAUCGGAGGCGGAAGAGCCGUCCGCCUUGGCAAGCAGCGGCGAGAGCGCGUGGGCGGCGGCCGAGGUGGCCGUUGCCAUGGCGACCGCUGCGGGGGACGACGACCACGACGACGACGACGCGUGCCGCUUCUCGCCCGUCCAGUGGAGCCGCGACCGCUUUGACACGGUACGGACCAAGGGCAACUCAGAUUCCAUCAGCAACAACAGCGACGGCCUUCUGGACACAGCGCGCGCUCUCCAGGACGUCAACGCCGGCUCCAGAGAAGAUGCCGCAGUGGACAAGCUCAUUCAGGCCACGAGUUCCACCACAGCUGUUACCGAGGCUGUGGAGGCGGCGGAGGCGUGCGCGGCCAUGGCGGUGUUCCGCGAGCUGCAGCGCCAGUUCGAGUCUCUGGCGGACACGUUGCGCCAGCACGCCUUGGUGGCGGACGGCGUGCUGCGGCAGGCCGGCCAGUGGAAGCUGUCCGGGGGCGGCGUGCCGGGGGCCGAGGGCGAAGAGGAGCAGCGGCCGCCCUCGCAGCAGCAGCUGCUGCUGCACGAGGUGGCGCUCAUGCACUGCGAGACGCAGCGCACACAGGUGUUGCUGUUGCGGAGCGAGAGGGCACUGCAGCGCAUCGCCGACUCCCUGCCGCCCGCCCCCACGAUGGUGCGGCUGCCACCGUCGCCCCCGCUCCGCCGCCGGCGCCUCGGUCUAGACUGGUUCUCCACCAUCCUCAAGAGGCGCUUCUUGCGCCGCCAGUAGCCGCACGGGGUAGCAGCAGCCGCCUCCGCCUCCACCACCACCACAACUGUUCACCUCUGCAGGCGCUCCCUCACAGCACUGACAAAUCUCACUUUGCGGGAGAAGACAAAUCACCAUUCCAUCAAGUUGUGGCCCCGUUUAGUGACAGUCGGAACAUCUUUAACGUUGACAAAAAUACAUCAUCUUUCUGGGAAAAUGGAUUUGUAUAACUGCAAGACUUGGAAUCUUUUAGUGGCAACUUCGUCGCGACAGCAUGAUAUCGUGCAUUUUAGACUUGCUUUAGUGUGAAAUGUUUUAACU